AUGGAGACGAGCAAUCGCCAGAGCCUGUUGGAAGCGUUCCGGAAUGAAACACAUGCAACACACACUGUUGCACUGGCCUUUCUCGAAGAGCAUGGUUGGGAUUACGAGAAGUCACUGAAGGGGUACAACGCUUGGAGAGACAAAGAAGCGGCAGCUUUACGAUCGGGGCACUCCGACACUCAAGGGCGCGGAAAAGACGCAGAUUUGACGGAUGAAGCUUCGAGCAAGCUGAAUGGUGAAGUUGAGGUUACACUACGUGCACCAGCAUACGCUUUCGUGCUGCCAAAUCUGUUCGAGUUAGCAGCGGAUUUUCGAAAUUUCCUGGAGAAAGAUUUGAUUGAAACGUCAACACUCAAAAGACUUGAAAAUUCCGGCAAGUCAAUAAACUGUUUUUUUUUUCGAUACUUUGAUCAACUGUUGUUUCAUCGUCCCGUUCUUUGCUGUUGUUGA